CUCGGAGAGAACCGUUGGUGGGCCGGAAAUACGCAGGCCGGCGCGGCCUCCUGGAUGGAGCCCGGGGCGGCCGCGCUGCAGCAUGACCCAGUCGGUGGUCAUACAGGUCGGCCAGUGCGGAAACCAGAUUGGCUGCUGCUUCUGGGACCUGGCGCUGAGGGAGCACGCUGCGGUCAACCAGAAAGCGAUUUAUGAUGAGGCAAUAAGCAGCUUCUUUAGAAAUGUGGAUACCAGAGUGGUUGGAGAUGGUGGCAGUAUUUCCAAGGGGAAGAUUUGUUCUUUAAAAGCACGAGCUGUCUUGAUUGACAUGGAGGAAGGGGUAGUAAAUGAACUUCUUCAGGGACCCCUGAGAGAUGUAUUUGAUAGUAAGCAGCUCAUCACUGAUAUUUCUGGCUCAGGGAAUAAUUGGGCUGUGGGUCACAAAGUGUUUGGCAGUCUUUAUCAGGAACAGAUUUUAGAGAAACUCAGGAAGUCAGCAGAGCACUGUGAUUGUUUGCAGUGUUUUUUUAUAAUACAUUCCAUGGGAGGAGGAACAGGAUCUGGACUUGGCACAUUUCUUUUAAAGGUGCUUGAGGAUGAAUUCCCAGAAGUAUACAGAUUCGUGACUUCAGUUUAUCCUUCUGGUGAAGAUGAUGUCAUAACCUCACCUUAUAAUAGCAUCUUGGCAAUGAAGGAACUUAACGAGCAUGCAGACUGUGUGUUGCCCAUUGACAACCAAUCUUUAUUUGACAUCAUUAGCAAAAUUGACUUCAUGGUGAAUUCUGGAAAGUUGGGUACAGCUAUAAAGCCAAAGAGCCUGGUUACUUCAAGUGCUGGAGCUUUUAAAAAGCGGCAGGAGAAACCAUUUGAUGCAAUGAACAAUGUUGUGGCAAAUUUGCUGCUCAACCUAACAAGCUCUGCAAGGUUUGAAGGAUCCCUUAAUAUGGACCUUAAUGAAAUCAGCAUGAAUUUAGUUCCUUUUCCUCAACUGCAUUAUCUUGUGUCAAGCCUAACACCUCUGUAUACACUGGCAGAUGUUAACAUUCCUUCUCGAAGGUUGGAUCAGAUGUUUUCAGAUGCCUUCAGUAAAGAUCACCAGCUAAUUCGAGCUGACCCCAAACAUAGUCUCUACCUCGCCUGCGCCCUCAUGGUUAGAGGAAAUGUACAGAUUUCUGAUCUUCGCAGAAAUAUUGAAAGAUUAAAACCUUCUCUACGGUUUGUCUCCUGGAAUCAAGAAGGCUGGAAGACCAGCCUGUGUUCAGUACCUCCUGUGGGCCAUUCCCAUUCAUUAUUAGCUUUAGCAAACAACACAUGCGUGAAGCCUACCUUCAUAGAACUGAGAGAGAGAUUCACGAGGCUCUACAGAAAAAGGGCUCAUCUUCAUCACUAUCUACAAAUUGAAGGGAUGGAGGAAAGCUGUUUCACAGAAGCCAUGUCAUCUUUAUCAGCGCUCAUACAGGAAUAUAACCAACUGGAUGCCACAAAAAGCAUGCCUGCAGAAGAUUUACCUAGACUAAGAGUAGCUGUGUGAAAAAGAAACCCCAAAGAUACAAUUUUUUUUCUUAAUUUCACAUUUUUUUGUCCCCUUACCUUUCUAUUUUAGAAUUUUUGUGAUUCAGAAAGCCUGAUUUGUGUUUUUCAUAUUGGGAAGUUUUUGUCUUCAGAGUAGUUUCCAUUUAAUCACAAUUUGUUGAUGAUCCCACUGUGUGAAAUUAGCCAAGUCCUAGUGCCUUGACUUUAAACAUAGGUCUUCCAAAAAGUCAUGUUUUCUAAAAUUGAGAGAACAGAGUUCUUCAACAUUUUAUUUUAUUUAUAGUCUCAUAUUUAGGCAUUUAUACAGAGAUAAUCAUGUCUUCAAUAAAAGUCUUGUACAGAUAGAUUUUAGAAUUUAUGUCUUCACAUUCUGUUUAAAUUCUCCUAACUCUUUAAAAGCAAAUACGGGAGUAGAAGAACACAGGAUGAGUAUUUCUGUGUAAAACCCACUAACUUCAGGAACAGAUUUUAUUACGACUUGAGGUUUUAUCUCUUCUUUGGGUAACCACUUGUUUGCACUCAAAAGAAUCACAAUUUACAAUUAUUUUAACUUGUAUUAAAUUAUUUUUAAAUAUAAUGGUUUUUUUAUCAAAUCAGUUAAUUUUGUAACAGUAAAUGUCCAUGUUUUUAAACUAUGCUACUUAUCAGUUUUGCUUGUCUCUUUUUUUUUUUUUUUGGCCAUGCUAUGUUGCAUGUGGGAUCUUAGUUCCCCAACCAGGGAUCAGACCUGCACGCCUUGCAUUGGAAGCGUGGAGUCUUAACCACUGAACUGCCAGGGAAGGCCCACUUGUCACUAUUUAUACAAGCAAACAGAACAUUACUAAGCUUGAUAUUUUCUUUGAAACUUUGCAGUAAAUGACAGUCUAGUGAAAGUGUUCCAGUUACUAUAAAUCUCCAGUUUUAGUCUUCAACAUUAAUUUAUCUUUAAUCACAAUUUAUAUUUAAAAUUCAUAGGUGAUUUAUCAUUUAAGGAAGUAAUUUUGAGCAACAGUUUAUUUUCAAGCCAGAAAAAUCUGUUAUGUGCUUUCUUUAAUGUUAUUUUUUAAAUUUCUUUCCUUUUCAGAGUAAGGAUACUGCUCUUGGUCUUUAUCUUGGAAAUUAAGUUUUUUACAGUGUUUGGUAUAAAAAUCUAGAUUACGGUUGUCAACAGUGGCCAAAGAAGUUCCAUUUUUUCCUUCCAAAAGAAAGUAAACUGAUAUUCAGGAUAGGGCAAUGGAAAUAAUAAAUAUAUUUACAGCUUAGUCUUAUUCCUAGUUAAGAUUUAAUCUAGAAAAUCUUGCUCACCCUAUAAUGAUUAUGUGAUUGGAGCCUAGGCUGUAUUGUCAAAGUACAGUUUUAAAACUUUAAUAUGCUUUUUAUAUAGCUU